UUCAAGACCUUGGCCAUUCAGCCUUCUCGGUCGAGUUCCACACGCGUAUUGUGCUGUGCUUUAUAGUUUGGCAAGGUAGAUUCGUUCAGGUAUCAAUCCUCUUUUUAACGUGGGGUGACAGAAGUGACCUUGACACACACAGCUUUGAUUUUCGGGUUGUGCGAACACAUUUAGCGUCGUCGCUCAUGGAUGGAGACACGAUGGGUUAUAUCCCCAAAAGGCCUAAAAUGCGCAAUUCGAACUCAAAUUACGCGCAAAUGCCGUCUCAAGAAAACCAGCUCACAUACUCCGAUGUCAACAGAAAGAAGUCCAUGGAAUGGAGAAACGAGUACAUCAGUAAGUUGGGGCCUGAUCUUGACAAGGUGGAACUGGCCGGUCAAAACGAGACCCUGGAGCUUGAGGCGAGGUUUGGAAAGGAAGAUACGAGCAAAGGAUUUUUAGAAUUCAUUAGUGGGAUUCAAGAGACAGAAUACGAAUUUUUGCUAAAAGUCCUCGGUGAUAAAGUGUUUUCUGACUUUUUUUCGUCUGAUGGUCCGACUAUCGAGUCGGAUUACAUCUACGUUGAUGAAGAGGAUAAGUUAAAAUCAAAACGAAUAACGCUCGAUGAGAAUAACACGAUCAUUCGAUCUUGGUAUAAGCAUUCAAAGGAUAGACAUAUGCUAAAGCCGAUCACUUCAAGCGUGGAUUAUUCUGUCAGAUUGAACGUGGCUGUUGAGCACAACAAUGAGGAUCUUCCCACCGAGAUCCCCGAAGGAUGGUCCACCAUAAGAAAGAAAAAAAGACACAGUUGGACUUUUUUGAACGUUCAUAAGUGGAGAAUAGAUCUUACAGCAGUCGCGUCCAGAACGCAGGGUGAUCUUACAGAGCCCGACGCGACAGGAGAAGACAAGUUUACAGAGUUCGAACUCGAGGUGGAAAACUUAUAUUUAUCUCAGGUUUGUAGCCAACGGAAUUCCUUCGAAGGCUAUAACGAUUCAGACUCGAAGCAAGACGAAAAAUUAAAAUUAGAGCGCAUGAGAGACAAUGGCGCGCAUUCUUGUGUUAUUGCCUUGGAGUUCCUCUAUCUACUUCUAUCAGCUGCUAAGGCCAAGGAAAAAGCUGACAUAGAAAGAGAGAAAUUAGUUGCCAGGGCCAAGGAAAACGCUGACAUAGAGAGAGAAAAAUUAGUUGCCAAGGCCAAGGAAAAUGCUGACAUAGAAAGGGCAAAGUUAUGUGCCUAUCAGUACAUUCAAAAACGCAUAAUUGUGCACAACCAUAAUUAUGUCCGUCCAGAUAUGGCAUACAAGGAGCUACUGUCCCCCUCCUCGAUAAUGCCAUCUUCACUAUCUAAGAUGCACAUCGUCUAUGACGUGCUAAUGGAAAACUUUCCAAAAACCCUGGUAGAUAACCCAGAGGAAUUGAAGCAAUCUUUGGGCGACCUUUUAGGGCUUAAACCGACACCAAGAUCCUUUCCUGGAUCAAUGCCAGUUGGCCUCUCAAGAAGACACCUGCAUGAAAUUAAAAACCUAGAAAAUUACUAUAUUAGCGAGAAAACCGAUGGCGUUCGAUACCUUCUGUACAUCACAGACAAUAAAACUCUAUUGAUCGACCGAUGCUACAAGUUCUAUGAGGUGAGCACGUUUUCAGAAACAACGCCCUUCAGCAACACCAAGGGAUCUGGACACCUGUACAGAAGUCUAUACGUCAAUGGCCCAACGCUUAUAGACGGAGAAAUAGUCUUAAAUCUUCAAACCUGCAGUUUGUGUUUUUUGAUUUUUGAUUGCAUGGCUUUUGACGGAUACUCUUGUAUCAAAAAAAACCUACCUUAUCGGCUAGAAAACGUCCGAAAAUUUAUUGGAUCCUACCGCGAUACCUUCCCAUUCGAGGUCUGCCUGCGCUACCAUCCCUUCUUCCUUGCUGGGAAGUCGCUGCUUCAAGUACAUGAGCUUCGUAGGCUCUCAUCUUACAUCAACACCAGUUCCAAAGACACAUAUUACCAAGAGAAAAGAAAGCCUCGAGAAUGUCUUCCUGUAGACCUUCACCAUUUCACGGAUGGUAUUAUUUUUAUGCCCACCGAACAGAGGUACAUUUUGUAUUCGUGUUUGAAUCUACUAAAAUGGAAGUUCCCAGAAAAGCAAAGCAUCGACUUCAUGAUCAAGCUCCCCAUCGAAAAAAGCCUUACCUUAUAUAUCAGGCAUGAGAAUGGGCACACUCCCUUCAAAAACGAUGUCGCACUGUACCCAGGGGACCUGGACAAGCUGCGCCAAGAUACGUCAUAUACAAAAGUCAAUUCUAAGAAUUCCAAUAGAGGAGAAGCUAUUGCUGAAAUGACUUUCGACCGACAAAGAGGUGUGUGGAGAUAUAAAACUAUAAGGCACGACAAAGCCAAUGCCAACUACCUCUCGGUAGCAGUUGAUACGCUCGAGGCUACAGCCGAAAAUGUUACGAUGGCAGACCUUUUGUCAAUGCUUGACACUAUGCCUAUACGGCGACCUAACCUUAACUCCAACAGUAACAAGCCCAAACAAAGGAAUAUUGUGUAAUAUGUAAGAGAAAAAAUUUAUUGGACCGUUUUCAACGGCCAACAUCAAAUUUAUUGUAUUUGGUAUUUUCAGAUAGAAAGCACUGGCUAGCUCGAGAACCGUUACGCUCUAAAUCCUGUCGAUUGAAUAAAUGAAUUGUAAAAGAGAGGAGAAAAACGGUUUUGGAAUCAAAAUGCAUGUGGAACAGGAACAGCCACUAUAGUACCUCAUUCUACGAGUAUAUACAUUUCAAGUCCGUAGCGUUAAAUCCAAGUUUGCCCAGAAAAAGCAGGAGAGGUUUGGUACAUGCCAUUAUGCCUAACGUUCUUCGCACAAUUCUAAGAAAAUAUAACUUAAAUUGAGGAUUUUCAGAAUGUGUAAUCUAUGAUCUUUGCGCAUGUUUGUGCGCAAAUACCACAAUUAUAUGCGAAUUUAUUUUGGUCAAAACAAAUCAUUUUUUGGAGGAAGUAGAGUCUAGUUUUGGCUGCUUUGGAGGAUUUUUGAGCAAUGUUUUUGCUCAGGUUUAUCGAUUUAGGGUGACAGAUUUAAAAUAAGCACAAUUUUAUGAUGUAAUGCAAAUGUAUUUUUAGAAAAUGACGGGUGAUUUUUUUUGAUGUCAAAAAAUCGGUUAAAAAUUAUCUAUAUAGGUUAAUUGGCAGUUUACGUCUCACUAUUAUAAUAAUAAGAGUGAUGCUGUUUACAUCUGCACGCGCGAGCGUGAUUAUAUGGUUCUUCGUAACAUUCAUAUGCUUAUUCAAUGUCGUGUUGUUGGCUGAAAGUGAAUAUAAGCUGAUUUGGGAAGAUCAAUUCGACAAGCCCUAUCUUGACAGGAAUAGUUGGGACGUUGAAGUGAACUGCUGGGGCGGAGGUAACCUUGAGAAACAAUGCUACACGGAUCGCCCAGAGAACAUAAUUAUAGAAAAUGGAAAAUUGAAGUUGAAGGCGAUAAAUGAACAGUAUAUGGGCAAGGUAGAAUAUUGUACACUAAAUAACGAAAAUUCCUGUACAUGGACUCAACCGACAACAUCAGGUCGAAUUCGAACCAAAAGAUCUUUUUAUGGUUCUUGGAUGUAUGGUCGCUUUGAAGCAAAGGCAAAGCUGCCAAAAGGCGAGUUUUUGUGGCCUGCAUUUUGGAUGUUGCCCACUGACGAGGUGUAUGGGUCUUGGCCUUUAUCUGGAGAGAUCGAUAUCAUGGAAUUUCGAGGACAGAACCCAACGACUUCAUUGAGCACGGUACACUUCGGUCCUGCAUGGCCCAACAAUCUCUACACCUCAUCUGAUGAUGUCGAUAUAGGUGUGGACUUAACAGAAGACUUUCAUUUGUACGCAUGUGAAUGGUCUAAGGAUAAAAUCGAUUUUUACGUGGAUGACAAAAAAAUUUUUGAAUUCAAUUUAAACAAAAAAAUAGCCGACGUUUACGAGAAAAACGGAUCACCGUUUGACCAGAAAUUUCACAUCAUUUUGAAUUUGGCCGUUGGCGGAAAUUUCUUUGACGCAAACAAAUAUGGGAAAUUCAACGAGUCUUCGGUUGAAACUUGGAAAAACCCUGUUUUUGAAAUAGAUUAUGUCAAGGUUUACGAAAAGUCCGAAUCGUCCACACCCAAGACUUGUAACAGUAUAGACGAUAUGAAGAGAAUGCUUAUGCAAAAUAUUAAUGCAGACAUUGUAUUCCCCAUCUACCCGGAAACAGACACUUUUGUAAGUGGACUAUUUCCUAAAUUAUCCUUUAAUCGCGAAACUGUACUCUGCGUAAGAUCUAGCAGUAAUGGAGUUGACAGCAUUAGUUAUCUUAAGUUCUACGUCCCCUACUCACAGAAACCUAUUGCUGCUGCCUCUUUAUUAUUAUACGGUGCUUUAAACGAUGAUUCUAAUCAGAAUGCCGCUGUAAUUGUUCAUCCCGUUUUAGACAACUGCUGGAAUGGGGUGUUCACAUACUACGAAAACAAGCCAGGUUGGGAACCCUGCUCCGUCUCGACUCAAAUCAGCAGCACAUCUAGUUGGUUCGCAUGGGACGUCAAACAUUAUGUCGAAACAAUCAUCAAUCACGAGAGGAAUGUCAUUACUUUUGCUGUGCGCAUUGAAAGUCCCAAUAAUGUUCAGGCGUUGUUUAGUUCGUCAAGAUCCGACUCCAUUAACAAACCAAUGCUGGUUUUGGCAUAUUAAUUUCUUGGGUUAUUUUUUUCCGUUGUGUACUUUAUUAUACAAUCCCACGAAAAAAUACCUAUAAUGAAAACAUUCGUUUAAAGAGA